UCCUAUCGUUCCUAUCUCUCCAAUCAAAAUCUGCCGAGGCGCACUCUUCCGGUUCAGUGCCUAACUGUUUGUCAAGCCCCGCAGACGCUAUGAGCAUGGAGCAAUGGUGUUAGGCAAAUCGAGAGGCUCCAACUAUUCGGCAACAAGGUGGCAAGCUUGAGCGUAAAGCGAGUCUGCAGUUAUCUGGGAAUAUGAGCAAAGAAGCCGGGCAUUGCAGACCCGCAUCGCUGAAGUUCACCAUCGAUAGCAUUCUUAAUCUGAAACGCAAUGAGAAGGAUGCGCAACGUGAAGAGGCAAGGGAGGACUCACUGGGCAGGAAAGAUUCGUGGAGGGGGGACAUCAGAUUCCAUUCUCAGCAACCAGAGUCAAAUAACAGGAUACAGAAUACAGAAUCGAGUGGUGAGAGCUACUGGAAACCCCCUCGUGCGUUACCGGUGAAAAGAGAAGACACGUUGGAGGUGACUGACACAUCUCCCACGGCAGAAAGCACUGGCAGUGAGGAUAACUCCGAUCCGCAAAAAUGCAGCAAGAAGUCUAAAGCGCUGGCGAAGAAGAAGACACGCACCAUCUUCUCAAAGCGACAGAUCUUCCAGUUGGAAUCUACCUUUGACAUGAAGAGGUAUCUCAGUAGCGCAGAGCGGGCUUGUCUAGCCAGCUCAUUACAACUGACUGAGACACAGGUUAAGAUUUGGUUUCAGAACCGGAGGAAUAAGCUUAAACGACAGCUAUCGACGGACUUCGAUGGAGCGGGCACAGCGGACCUCUUCUCGGACUCUGGAAAGUCCGUGCAAUUGCCAGCGCUGUACAAAGAGAACCACAUCAGUAACAUACUUGGUGGAUGUGUAUUACCCGUUCCGCUUCCUCUCAUGUACUCGGGAAGUAGCUCGCCUUACUUGUAUUUCUCAAACGCCAGCAAAUACAUUGGCCUGUUUGAUGGAGACGUAUAAUAAAAAACCGAAACUCCGAAAGUGUUUAAGAACAAUAAAAAAGACCAACGAUAGCGGGGCGACCCCGGCAAGCUUUUCCUGUGGAGGACUUAGACUGUGGUAAAAAUGCAUUUUUUUAAAAUGUGAAGAUUGACCUUUUUUAAUUUUGGUGCAAUUAACAACGCAUUACCCUCCUUUAAAACACCAGAAAUUAGUUGACUUCUAAUGAUAACCUCCUUGUCUUUAGCUAAUUUGUAAAAUAUUGUUUUUUCAAGUUUCUGAAGGAAUCAAACAGACCUGUUUGGGAAUACUUAAAAUAUCACAACUGUAUUAUUAUUAUUAUUAUUAUUAUUAUUAUUAUUAUUAUUAUUUCAUUAUUAUUAUUAUUAUAUUUUAACAGUUAUUUCUACAUGGAGGUCAAACAACCAAAGUUUAAUGCAAGCAUUUAGGCACUGAUGGAAUAAAUCUGUGCAGAUAAUAUGUCAGUGAAUAUAUAUAUAAAUAUCUUUUUUUAUCUGAUGCAUGUUUUCUAUUAAUGAUCUCAUCCUUUCACUCUUUUCCUACAUCAUUAGAUCACCUGUAUGGAAGCCAGGGAGUAGUGUGUGCUUCUUAGUUAGCCCUCCAGUUAUUGUUGUUAUCCAUAGUCAUUCUUUCUUUCUUUCUUUCUUACUUUCUUACUGUCUUUCAUUUUUUUUCUUUUAUUUUCAUUAUGCACUUUACCUGGCUCGUUUAUUUUCAGACCUUUUCCUUUUUCUUCAAAUGUGUUUUGUUUUACAAAUACAGACAUCUACAUUAUUGAAUUUAUUGAGUUAUAAUACCCUGAUGUUCAUACACAUAA